AGCCGAACUGAAAUACCGCGAGGAUCAGUCGAGGUUGCCCAAAAGAGUGGGGAACGUUUCUCUUUAGGAGGCGGUCUCGGCUGGGGAACCGGACCGGAAGUGACGUGAGCGAGUUCCGGUUGGCCAGAGCCCCGCGGCGGGUGUGAGAGUCAGUCGGGAGCCGCUUCCAGGAUCCUGAGAUCUGGAGAAGCAGGAGUCAGAGCGGCUCCUCAAGAGUUACUGAUCUAUGAAAUGGCAGAGAAUGGAAAAAAUUGUGACCAGAGACGUGUAGCAAUGAACAAGGAACAACAUAAUGGAAAUUUCACAGACCCCUCUUCAAUAAAUGAAAAGAAGAGGAGGGAUCGAGAAGAAAGACAGAAUAUUGUCCUGUGGAGGCAGCCACUCGUUACCUUGCAGUAUUUUUCUCUGGAAAUCCUUAUAAUCUUGAAGGAAUGGACCUCAAAAUUAUGGCAUCGUCGCAUUGUGGUUUCUUUUUUACUGCUGCUUGGGCUUAUAGCUACAUAUUACGUUGAAGGAGCACAUCAACAGUAUGUGCAACGUAUAGAGAAACAAUUUCUUUUGUAUGCCUACUGGAUAGGCUUGGGAAUUUUGUCUUCUGUUGGACUUGAAGGACUGCACACCUUUCUGCUUUAUCUGGGCCCACAUAUAGCUUCAGUUACAUUAGCUGCUUAUGAAUGCAACUCAGUUAAUUUCCCUGAGCCACCUUAUCCUGAUCAAAUUAUUUGUCCAGAUGAAGAGGGCACCGAAGGAGCCAUUUCUUUGUGGAGUAUCAUCUCAAAAGUUAGGAUUGAGGCAUGCAUGUGGGGUAUCGGCACAGCAAUUGGAGAGCUACCUCCGUAUUUCAUGGCAAGGGCAGCUCGCCUCUCAGGUGCUGAACCAGAUGAUGAAGAAUAUCAGGAAUUUGAAGAGAUGCUGGAACAUGCAGAGACUGCACAAGACUUUGCCUCACGGGCUAAACUGGCAGUUCAAAACCUAGUACAGAAGGUUGGAUUUUUUGGAAUUUUGGCCUGUGCUUCAAUUCCAAAUCCUCUGUUUGAUCUGGCUGGAAUAACAUGUGGACAUUUUCUUGUACCAUUUUGGACCUUCUUCGGUGCAACACUGAUUGGAAAAGCAAUAAUUAAAAUGCAUAUCCAGAAACUCUUUGUUAUAAUAACAUUCAGCAAGCACAUAGUGGAGCAGAUGGUGGCUUUCAUUGGUGCUGUCCCCGGCAUAGGUCCGUCUCUGCAGAAGCCAUUCCAGGAAUACCUGGAAGCUCAGCGACAGAAGCUUCACCACAAAAGCGAAAUGGGCACACCACAGGGAGAAAACUGGUUGUCCUGGAUGUUCGAGAAGUUGGUCGUGGUGAUGGUGUGUUACUUUAUCCUGUCUAUCAUUAACUCCAUGGCACAAAGUUAUGCCAAGCGAAUCCAACAGCGGUUGAACUCAGAGGAGAAAACUAAAUAAGCAGAGAAAAGUUUUUAACUGCAGAAAUUAGAAUGGAUGGGUUCUGCUUUAAAUUGGGAGGACUCUAAACCAGGAAGGGAACUUCCCUUUUCCAACCUAUAUCAAUUUUAAAAACUUUUUUCCUGAAAGCAAUUUAGUCCAUAUUUUGCACUAACAUAACUUUUCCUUUAUGCGUUAAGGUAUCCACCCUCAAUCCAGUCCACAUUGUUCUUUUAUUAAGGUGGAAUGUGAUGUUCAGCCGCAAACCUAAUGAAAUUGGCCUUCUAUUUGUUACUUUCAAAAGGCCCACAUGGUAAAGUUAGAGUAUUCCUGCCACACAAAAAGUUCCUAAGUAUGUUAAAUAUUUCAAGCUUUUUAGGCUUGUCAGAAAUGAUUGCUUUGUUUUUCUAAGUCAUCAAAAUGUAUAUAAAUUAUAUAGAUUGGAUAACAGUCUUGCAUGUCUAUCAUGGUACAAUUUAAUAUGCCAUCCUGCCCAAACCUUCCUCUCCCACCCUCAAAAAGGCCAUUUUAUGAUGCUUUGCACACCCCUGGGGAAAUUGAUCUUUAAAUUUUGAGACAGUAUAAGGAAAAUCUGGUUGGUGUCUCAUGAAUGAGCUGACACCAUUUUUUAUUCUGUAUAUUUAGAAUGAAGUCAUGGAAAAACUUUAUAAAGACAUCUUUGAUCAUUCCAAAAUUGUGUCCAUUUUUUUUGAGCGUUUUGAUUUUUUACUUCCUUUUAGCUUCUUCCAACUGAGGGCUUUGCCAAAUCCACCACAAUCAGAAUUUCAUAGCAUUCAUUUAUUUGCAUGAAAGAGCCACCACCAUGGUAUCUUUUGUUAUGCUGAAAUCAGCCACUACACUCAGCUAAAUGGCACCUCUGUGAUUGCCCCAGUCUGGGGAUUUCUUGCUUUGUGAAAACAAGAUAGGAGAGGUGAUAAUACGUAAAUCAAGGGAUCCUGGAGAGGGCUGGGGAAACAUGCCUGCCAUGUGCAAGACCUUGGGUUCCAUCUUCAGCAGCACCAAAAAAAGCGAAAGAAAUUCUUUUUUUAUUUAACCCAGUUUUUCAUAUCUGUUCAUUUUAACUACCAUGUACUCUGGUUUUAACAGACAGAAAUUUACUUUUUAUGUGUAACCCAGUUUCCUUUCUGUAUUUUAUUCUUAAUGUGAAAAUUUAUUCUAAAUUUUCUUUGGGAAUGUUUCUGAUUGAACUUGUUUGUUUUGCUUAGGAAGAAAAUAAACAGUUUUUGUGGUU